CCAUUUUGCGCAGAUCUCAACGUGCUAAGACGGGUUCCCGCUUACCGUAUGCUGGAUGCCCUGGAUGCCCUGAAUACCACCCUGCGCUAAAGAUCAAGAAAUACGUACCGCGUAGCCGCAGAGCUGUCAAGCCAAAGCCCACUUACACAACCUCGACUAUGGGCCGACUCGACCUGGCCCCGUCGACCUGAUCGUUCGGGCUUCCACGUACCGCACUACGUACAUGAAUGAUACCUCUAAAUCCGAAUUCUAGUCUGCUUCUCCAAGUUUCAGGUUGGACAUCUUGCAUCUGUGGAAUACAUCAUCGUUUAGUACAAGGCGAGUUCCGCCGAGGUGAUUGGCAUCCCGGCCUAUCCAUGUUCGGCCAUCCAGCUUCGAGGAUAAGAGGACCGGUCCUCCUCCUCCAUCGGUUCUCCUUUCGUUCCAGUUCUUCAGUAUCAACUCUCUGAUCUAAUAGGAUCAAAUUGCAUUGUUUUUUCUUUCAUAUUUAUUAGAUCUCUCCUGAGGCAGGCCGCCAGUCACGCGACCCCAAGAUUUCUCUCCGCUUCACGGCAUCUCUCAUCUUACCAGUCCUGAACAGACAUCUGCAUCUGGAGCCGGCUCUCCUAUACACAUUCAUUCUAUAAUCUAUAAUCGCCUUAGUUCUUGUCUAAGCAGACAAGAACGCAUACAUAAACAUCGACAUGGCUACUCUGGAAGCAGGCAUGUCUUUCGACUUCAUAUUUCCCACAUGCGAGCCUACCACGCCGCCGAGCUUUUCUUUUGAUCCGUCCUUUCUGGAGAUGCCUUGCAAUCCCGGACACGCUCGCUCAAGCUCGUAUAGUUCUUACUGUUCUACUACUGAGUCGUCGCCCUCCGACUCGGUCAGCACGCGUGUAACGACGCCUUCCCGCUCGCCGCCGCCAAUCCGUCAACAUGGCCCCAUCUUGCUACCUAAGAUCCGUUCCCAGGACCAGGCCAUUGACUCGCCCCCAAAGCGUGUCAAGACAUCUCCUGCGCCGGCUCCCAAGCCUAGCCGCCGCGCAGCUUUCCGCCCCACGCAUAACAGGAGCUUCACUAACCCAGAAACGUUGAACCAAUUUUCAAACGCAUUCUUUCCGGCCCCAGAUGACCAAAAUACUAUGUCACAAUCAUUGUUGUGCUCUCCCGUCACGUUCCCUCAAGAUAGCAUGGGCCAUUCUCGCCGCUCUUCGGCUGUGAGCCUCGACGGCGCGGUGCUUGAGAAAUAUGGCUUCCCUUAUCGCCAGAUGCCGGCAUACGUCCCAGCCGUCACCCAGCCCCAAAACGACCAAUUCUUCUUCAGCUAUACGCCUCGAGCUCCUUCGCCAUUGAGCCUCUCAUCUACGCCCACACCUGACCCAACCCCGUCCACCACUCUCAUGAACUACCUCUCAACCUCCAACCCCGCCCCAUCUCUAGUCCGCACCAUCUCAUUCCCGCUCCGCGACCCCAACACCAAGCACUUCUGGUGGGACGUGCGCCAAAUCCGGCCGUGGACCAACUUCAACAUCAACACCAUUCUCUCACUCCCCGGCGCCUCCGGGCUCCUCCACUGCCCCGUCCCGCAACCCCUCCUCCAGCAGCCGUCGACCAGCGCGCGGCACCCGGAGACCGAGGCCGCGCUGCACAGCAUCUACGCCUCGUAUUACAUCCCCAAACUAAACUCGGCGCUCGCGCUCACCUCGCAGCGGCCCAUGCACCUCAGCGUGCCAUCCGGAUCGGCCGCUUCGAAGGGAAUGUCGUCGGCGGCGAACGACCACCUGUUCGUGGCGAACGUGGCGGGCGAGUCGGCGAGCGCGGCGGCCAUCUUCGGCGGCAAGCCGACGGCGCGCGUCGUCGGGCUCGUCAAGAGCUUCGACCGCUUCAACACGGGCAUGCGCGUCGAGGGCAACGUCAAGCGCGUCGAGUACCUGCGCGGCCUCGCGCACCUGCACCACGCCAUGCGCGAGCACGGCACGCGCUACGGGUUUAUACUCACCGAGAUCGAGCUCGUCGUUUGCCGCAACGGCGCCGAGGGGACCCCGCAUUUCGGGUUCUUGGAGGUUACUAGCGUGCAGCUUAAUGCUACUGCUGAGAGUAGUUGUGGGGAGGAAGGAGAGACGCCGCUGACGGCGUGUCUCGCGCUUUGGGGGUUGUGUGUUAUGGCUAGUGAUGAUGGGGUUAAUGGCCAUGGACUCAGUUUUGGUGGCCAGAGUGGUAUGGUCGCCUGGAGGGCGGAGAUUGGAGCCCCGGCUGAAGGGACGAGGAGGAAGGCCCUGCCGAGGGAUGACUGGAUGCCGCAGCCGCAGCUGGCGGAGAAGCGCGAGGCGAAGCGUGCUAGGGGGUGGGUGUUCCCUGAGGAACCGGUUGGGAGGAAGGAGCUUGGGAAGAGGGGGGUGCGGUACGGUGGUUGUUAAUAAGAUACCUACCGGGUUUUGUUUUUUUGUGGUGGUUGCAUUUACAUAGGCACUCCUUCCUAGGAGCCAUAGGGAUUCUUCCCGCGAACGAGCUGGUCUCGCUUUCGCUGGGUUUUUUGGGGGCUGUGAUGAGAGACGAGGCAUGAAGUUACGAACAACUGCGGGUUUUAUUUACUUGCUGGGUGGGUACAGAUGUUUGGUUGAACUUAUGCUUACGCAGUAGGUUGGUUACCCCCGAUGCUCUCUGCUCGGGAGCCUGGUUGGUAGAAUAUUAGUUACUUUAAUUAGGAAAAUAUCGUUAAAUUACUUAUAUG